AGUGUUUCCUCUCCUCCACUCCGCAAGUUCCUUGUCUGAGACUCCAGAAUCCGGUCUGUUCUGUCUGCAACUGUUUCCUUAACGUAUCUACCAGUGAUUUGCUGGUAAACGAAACACAGUCGCAUCGAGCACCGGCGACGCAAGGAGAGCAAAAACGAGAGAGAGACGCCACAGUUGACUCCUUUCCACGUCUCGCACAUUCUCUCUGUCUCCCUCGUGUGCCUCCCCUCUUUCCCCCGUUCGUCCUUCGUCUCUCCAGUUCACCUUUCUGUCUUCUCAUUCCGUCUGCCUUGCCGGCUCUCGCUCCUCCUGAAGUCCGCCUCUGCCUCGCCGGCUCUCGCGCCUCAGGCUUCUGCACUCCCUAGCCUUCACCAUGUCCUUCUAUGGAGCACGGACGGCCGCCUCGCCUGCCGGCGGGGCUGUGAACAAUCAAAUGAGUUACUACAACAAAGCGAGUGCGACGAAUCUGCCGAACGGCCCCCGAGACACCAUUUCUCAGCUCGGCUGGUCAAACGAGGGAAGUCUCCUGAGCUGCACCAGCUGGGAUAACACGGUUCGCGUCUGGCAGAUUUCUGCAGGAUUCGGCAGUCAAAUUCAGGCGGCGGCGAAAGUCUGCAUGGACGCCCAGGCGCCACUCCUGUGCUCCACCUUCGGGCCUAGUCCAAACCACCUGUUUGUGGGGUGCUGCGACAAGACAGUGAAGCUCUACGAUUUGAACGCCAGUUCGUCGACUCCCCAGGUCGUUGCCCAGCACGACCAGCCCGUGUGCAGUGUGGCGUGGAAUCCAAUUCACAAUGUCAUAGUCACAGCUAGUUGGGACGGCUACGUUCGCAUGUGGGAUGGCAAGCAGCAGCAGCCUGUCUGGCAGCAGAGCGUCGGAGGGAAGAUUUUCCGCAUGGGCGUCCAUAGCCCAUUUCUAGUGACCUGCGACAACUUCCGCAACGUGAACGUCUCCAAUCUGAACACUCUGUUCACGGGCAAUGCGCCGCAGCAACCCACGAAGAUUGUCCCUCCUCUGCAGAAACUGCAGUCCAGAUCCAUGGGCCUCUUCCCCGACAAAGAACACGAACUUCCCGGUGUGGCUGUCGGAAGCGUGGAAGGACGCGUCGGCAUCUGCCAUUUCAAACAAGAACACAGAAACAUGAAUUUCAGCUUCAAGUGCCACAGACAAGAGACGCGACAGGGAAUUCAGAUCUACGCGGUCAACACCAUCGACUUCCACCCUAAACAUGGGACCUUCGCAACUGGGGGCGCUGACGGGUCGAUUGUCUGCUGGGACAAAGUCAACCGCCAAAAACUGCGAGCAUUCGACAACAUGGGCAACAGCGUGACGGAUGUCAAGUUUAAUCCAACAGGGAACAAUUUGCUGGCGUAUGCGGUCUCCUACGAUUGGUCUAAGGGGCCGGAUCAACAGGAACUCAACAAGGGCCAUCAGGUGUAUGUACACAUGGUGAAGGACGAAGACAUUCGCCCGCGGCCUAAAACGACAACCCGCCGAUAAAAGGUUUCUUUUCGUUAUCUCGUUUUACUCUUUUGGCUGUCAGUCUCGCUUCUGUCUCCCGGCGUGUUUCUUCGUGCUUCGCCGAUUCGCUUUUCCUCCUCGAUUUACGUUUGGAAACCAAGCUGCUUCGAGACACUUGCGCUCUGUCCCCAGCGACGAUAGCUGAAUUUCUCCCUUUUGAAUUCUAUCCCUUUUGCUCCAGUUACUUUGUAAACCGGGUCUCCUUCACUCUC